AUGGUACUAGACGAAAACGCACAAAAACUGUUGACAGAAUUAAAACGAAAACGAGGCGUUGUUAAAGCUUCACUUACGCGCGUUCGAACAUUUAUUUCAAAAUUCGAUCCAUCCGAACAAGCUUUAUCACUACUGGAGUUCAGACAGGAAGAGCUUCCUCAAAUAAAUCGUAAGUUUGAUGGUAUUCAAUGCGAAAUUGAACUUAUUGAUUCUGAUGACACUGAAGAAGCUGAGUUGGAAAGGGAUAGAUUUGAAAGUGAAUAUUUUGCAAUACGAUCACAAAUCCAAGAAAUUAUCAAUCAAGAAAAGGGAUUAAAUACAACGGGCCACAAUCAAUCGUACGGUGGCACAUACGUUCCGGCUCGAGUUCAAUUAGCGCCAAUUCCUUUACCCAAGUUUGACGGCGAUAUUCAAAAGUGGUCGUCCUUUUAUGACGUCUUUAAAGCUAUGGUGCACAAUGAUGACGCAUACUCAGUUGCUCAAAAGUUCUUCUAUCUGCGUUCGUGUUUAGAAGGAUCAGCAUUGGAUUUAGUGCGCUCAAUUCCUGUUAGUGACGCCAAUUACGAAACUGUUGUCAGGCGGUUAAUACAAAGAUUUGACAAUCAAAGCCUGGUGAUACAGUCACAUAUUCAGUCCAUACUCGACUGUCCUCAAGUCGAAGAAGCAUCCUCUGAGACAAUAAACGAAUUAUACUCCUGUGUAUGUACUCAGGUUGCAGCUCUUAAGGCGUUAAAUCAACCAGUUGAGCAUUGGGACGCAUGGUUGAUAUUAAUUGUAACUAGCCGUUUGGAUAAGGGGACCGCCCAUUCAUGGCUGCUGCACCAGAAAAACACUAAAUUGCCAAAAUAUUCGGACCUCGAAACAUUUCUUGCUAGUCGAUGUGUCGCAUUAGAAGCUUCAAGGACCCGAUCUAAGCCUACGGGGGGAGCGUCAACGAUCUCCAACGUUAAGAAGAGCAAUUUGGUGCCAAAAAGGUCCUUGGUAGUUUCCAGUGCAACAGAAUCAUGUCAUUGCUGUUCUGGAAAUCACAAGCUGUAUUUUUGUGACAAGUUCAAGGGAUUUUCAUUAGCUGAGCGUCUCUCAUUCGUGCGAAAAGAAUCACUCUGUUUCAAUUGCCUAUCACCUAGACACUUAUCUAAUGCAUGCAAGUCAAUUUAUACUUGUCGUUAUUGCAAACGAAGCCAUAACACAUUGUUGCAUUUUGAAAAGCCCGAAGAUGUGGCCAAGCCUAAGGCGGACGAUGGUACGGUUUCCUCUCCAAAUCAAAGCACUGCACUCUUAGCUGGUGAUGGCCGAGCUCAUGUUUUUCUUGCUACCGCUGUCAUUAUAGUUCUUGACAAAUUUGGAAAUAAAUGCCAAUGUCGAGUUAUACUCGACAGUGGCUCACAAAUUAAUUUCAUAUCUAAAAGAUUGGCAACCUUGCUACAAUUACCGGCAAGAAAGACCUGUUUACCAAUAAGUGGAAUAGGCGCAAAGCAAGUCCAAGCAGCAUCGUCCAUAAAUAUUAAGGUGUCAUCUCGAGUAAGUGAUUAUGAAGUGGACCUACUUUGUUAUGUAUUACCAAAUAUUGUCUCCGCGUUACAAUCAUGUGCUGAACCUCAGGGAGGAUGGAACAUACCAUCAGAGCUGAUUCCACAACUGGCAGAUCCAGAUUUUGACAAACAUCGGGCAGUUGAUCUUCUGAUAGGCGGUGGCAUAUUCUUUGAUAUUUUGGGCACUGAGCGACGGAUGCUUCUGCCUGCAGCCUUGUGCUUGCAAGAGAGCCAAUUUGGAUGGGUAGUAACUGGUGAAUUAGAGGCCACUUGUUUAUUAGGGAUCAACUCUGUGGGUGAAGCCCUUGAAGAAGAUUGGAAGGCAUUACUGCUAAGAGAGGAUUCAGGUUAUGGUCAGACAUCUAAGUCAAACUUGAAGAGUUUAGAGGAGACAGAGACUGUUCAGCAUUACCACGAAACUGCCAUGCGAAACGAAAAUGGACGUUUCGUUCUUCGUUUACCGGUCAAGGAAACCGUGCAUAAAUUGGGAAACAGUAUAACAAUGGCGACAUCACGGUUCUUUAGUGUUGAAAGACGACUGCAACGCGAUCAGCAUUUGCGCACGGAAUACAUCAAGUUCAUGCAAGAAUAUUUGGAUAUGGGACACAUGAAAUGCGUAUCUAAUGAAACAACAAUCCCGGACAGAUCAUACUAUUUACCACACCAUGCAGUGCUGAAGACAUCCAGUUUAACAACAAAACUUCGCGUAGUGUUUGACGCUUCAGCAAACAGUUCUUCCGGGUUAUCUUUAAAUGAUGUACUUAAGCGUGGUCCAACAGUGCAAGAAGAGUUAUUUGCUAUUUUGGCCCGUUUUAGGAAAUAUCAAUACGUGAUAACAUCAGACAUUGAAAAGAUGUUCAGACAGAUUGAAAUCUCAGAGCAAGACUGGGACCUACAACGAAUUUUAUGGAGAGCGGAUCCCAGUAAGACUCUUCAGACCUAUCGUUUAACUACUGUCACGUAUGGGACAACACCUGCCUCAUUUUUAUCCACCCAAUGCCUUAUCAGUCUUGCAGAACAAAAUGAGCAAACGUAUCCCAGAGCAUCAAGUGUCAUAAGACAAGACUUCUACAUGGACGACUUAAUGACUGGCUGUGAUACUGAAGCAGAAUGUCUCCAAUUGCAGCAAGAAGUAAGCACAAUACUGGAUUCUGCAAAAAUGCCAUUGCGUAAGUGGUGUUCUAACUCAGAGUCCGUGUUAAAAGGUAUUGGAAAAAAUGAACAAGACCCACUUUUCACACUGGAUAUUAGCGAUGAUGAUACUGUCAAAUCAUUAGGGCUGGGUUGGAAACCAUUCAUUGAUGACUUCCGAUUCAAUAUAAUUGCCAUUUCUAGAGAUACUAAACUAACUAAGCGGACACUGUUAUCUCAGUUAAAUAGGAUAUUUGAUCCUCUAGGGUUUCUCUCACCAGUCCUCGUUAAAGGAAAAAUAUUUCUCAAACAACUAUGGCAGCUGAAGGUUGACUGGGAUUCGCCACUUCAAGAGGAAUUGCAAAAACGAUGGCGCCUUUAUUACUCUGAGUUAGAAAAGCUUAAGGAAUUAUCUAUUCCCCGAAAAUGUAUUUACAAUGCUAACGCCUUAGUUGAGUUACAUGGAUUCUGUGACGCAUCUAUGGAAGCCUAUGGUGCCUGCAUUUAUGUUCGUUCAUUAGGCUAUGACGGGAAAUGGCAUGCACAGCUUUUGUGUUCAAAGACUCGAGUUGCUCCACUUAAAGGAGUGACUAUUCCUAGAUUGGAGCUAAAUGGAGCAGUACUGUUAGUGCAAUUAGCAUACAAGGUUGCAGAGUCAUGGAAAAUAGAGGUGCAAUCAUUUAAACUCUGGACAGAUUCCAUGAUUGUACUCGGUUGGCUGAAUAGUGAUUCUAGUAGAUUAAAGACAUACGUGGCUAACAGAGUCGUUCAAAUACUUGAGGUAUCGACUGCGGAGCAAUGGCGACAUGUGAGAACCGAUGAGAAUCCUGCAGACGUUGUCUCUAGAGGUCUAAGGCCACAGGACUUAGUCGACAACAACAUAUGGUGGACGGGCCCGAGCUGGCUUUCGGAAGACGAGAGUGGUUGGCCACGUAUCGCAAACGUAAGGAUGGCAGAGGACGACGUGCCUGAACUGCGAACAAUUCGGUUAGCUUUAACUGGCAUGAUAGUGCCAGAAAUGGACAUGCUACAACAUCAUUCGGAGUGGAGCCGAUUAAAAAGAGCAACCGCUUGGCUCUGGCGCUUCAUCGACUAUCAAUGGCCGCGAUUCUCAAAGGUUGUUCAUGAAACCAGUUAUCUAACGGUGAGUGAGUUGCGAAGAGCCGAGUCUUCAAUAUUGAGAAGAGUUCAGACAGAGGCUUUUCCGGAGGAACUUCGAGCGCUACAAAACGGUAAGGAGUUGCCGACUCGGAGUAAGCUAAGAUGUUUGCACCCAUUUUUGAAGGAUGGACUCAUUCUGGUAGGAGGACGGUUGAAGAAUGCCAACAUACCUGAUACGCAGAGACACCCUAUUGUCUUACCACCUAGCCACAAGGUAACUCGAUUGUUAAUGGAGUAUACACACAAGGAAUUGCUGCACGGUGGUCCUCAAAGCAUGCUGGCUGAAAUGAGAAGGCGCUAUUGGCCAUUAAGAGGCCGGGUGAUGGCACGCUCCGUGGCGCAUAAGUGUGUAAGGUGCAUACGCGUCAAGCCAACUAUGCUACAACCAAUUAUGGCUCCAUUACCACGGGAUCGAGUUCAGUGCAGUAGGCCGUUUGCUAUAAGUGGCGUAGAUUUUGCGGGACCGCUCAUCAUUAGAAGUGGAGUACGCCGAGUAAGUGGCAGGAAAGCAUGGAUCGCAGUGUACGUUUGCUUCUCUACAAGAGCUGUCCACUUAGAGCCUGUGGAAGAUCUCACGAGUAGUGCAUUUAUUGCUAGCCUGCGACGGUUCAUGGCACGUCGAGGCAAGUGCACUAAAAUCUACAGCGACAACGGCACGAAUUUUGUGGGAGCACAAAAAGAGCUAAGUCCUUUUUUAGCUGGUAUCGACGACAAGAUGGCAAAAGAGGGAGUAGAGUGGCAUUUCAACCCACCAUCCGCCCCUCAUUUCGGUGGUUUGUGGGAGAGCGCAGUAAAGACGACAAAGUUCCACUUAACACGCGUGAUAAAGGAUGCUCGUCUAACUUUAGGAGAGUUAACCACGUUGUUGUGCCAGGUGGAAGCGUGCGUUAACUCGCGGCCUAUGACACCGCUUAACAGUGACCCUUCAGAAGCGGAAGCAAUCACCCCAGCUCAUUUCUUAAUUGGUGGCCCAAUGAUGAUACCACCAGAAGCGAACAUACCCGAAGAGGACGUUCAACAUCUACGUCGUUGGCGCUUUGUGCAAGGCUUAAUGCAAAGCUUCUGGAGGCGAUGGCAUGCCGAAUAUCUACCACAACUUCAGGUGCGAGGCAAGUGGACUUACCAGAAAAAGGACCUAGUAGUUGGAGACGUGGUUAUUAUAAAAGAGGACUGUACUCCACCAACAAAGUGGAAGCUAGGACGAGUAGUGCAACUACACCCAGGGAAAGAUGGCACAGUUCGAGUAGUCACAUUAAAAACUGCCAAUAAUAAUGAACUCCGUCGGCCCGCCGUAAAACUCUGUCGACUGCCAAUCGAGUCAGAAGACAACCAAGAUGAAUAG